UUUAAAUAAGCAGUUAGUUGAUUUGUCUUCCUCAUGUAGCAUCACUUCAUUCAAAGUGUUGAAGGACUUUGGCUUGGCAUUUGUCUUUGUGGAUUGAAGCUGGUAAACAUUCCUGUUCCAGAAGCUGAAAUUCCGGUUCUGCAUAGAGCUUAUCCUAAAUCAUCUUGCAGACGAGGAGAGCUUGUUUCGCACCGUAUCCGAAGGGUCAAAAUCUGUCUAAAGGGAGGGAUUUUCAUUGUAUUUGACCACAGUUUGAAUUAUAUCACAGCGUUUUGACAACUGGAAUAAGGGAAGGAGCUUUACAUACAAUGGACCGACCUGACACAGAUCAGCUGAACCUUCAGAUGCUGCCUCUCGCAAAGGACGACAGCAGAGUCAACAGAUGUAACAGACUUCUUUCCUAUAUUACCUCUGGGCCGGCCCCGUUUUUGUCCAUCUUCUGCAUCGGACUGGUGUCGGGAGCUGCAGGAGGUCUUCUGCUGGGAGCGACGGCAGUCGUUCUGCUUCAGUCCCUGGAGCUUCUGGCCGACAACAAGCUGCUCAUGGACACAUUAGAAAAGCACAUUAUGGAUGAUUAUUACUUGGAAAUGUUGAUUCAAGUGCCUGACAUUCAAAUAUCCAUAUUUUCAGUGAUGUCUGGAAUUCUUUCAUCAACCCUGUCAUCAGCCGUGGGUGUCUGUAUGGGAUCCGGAGCCUAUUCGCUGGUGAUUCAAAGAAAAGGUCAGCUGAACCUUCAGAUGCCUCCUGUCGAGGAGGACAACAGGAGAGUCAACAGACCAAACACACUACCUGCCUUUGUUACAUCUGGGUUGAUGUCAGUCGUGUCCCGCUUCUGCAUCGGACUGGUGUCGGGAGCUGCAGGAGGUCUUCUGCUGGGAACGACGGCAGUCGUCCUGCUUCAGUCUCUGGAGCGUCUGGCUGACAACAGCACCCUAAUCAACCAGCUAGAAAAAUACCUGACGGAUGAUUACCAUUUGGAACAGAGAGCAAAACACAUUUUACCAUGGGAAAGUAAGGAUCAGGUGCACGACAUCCACAUAUCCAUAUUUGCCGAGAUGUUUGGUGUUUGUUGCUCAGCCUUGUCGCUACCUCUAGGUGCCUGUGUUGGACUCUCAGCGUAUUCAUUGGAGAUUAACAGGAAAGGUGAGGCAGCGAGGGGGAGGGCCCUGGCUGUGGCGGGGCCAGUGUGUCUCUUAGUUGUCACUGUAACUGGAGGCCUUCUGGGCUUCUUCUUUGAGAGUUUUCUGUCCAUGACGUUAAUUGUUAGUAUUUUGCUGUGGUUGUUUAUUUCAGCGUUGCCAUAUGAGCUGAACAUUGAGAUGCCUCCUGUCAGAGAGGACAACAGCAGACGCAGCAGGUGA